ACAAGCGACGCUACAAAUAGACGCAGGAUGCGCGAGACCGCCGUCAUGCGCGCGCGCACACACAGCCGACAGCACGUGACUCGGUGAAGUUCGCAGGGUUCUGACGGAGCGUGAGAUUCUCAAAGUUUAAAAAUGGCUGUGACACAAGUUUCCUCCAACAAGUGUGCCGGCGGCUUCCAGAAGGUUUUCGAGCACGAAAGCACUGAGUUGAAGUGUAAGAUGAAGUUCGCUGUGUACCUGCCUCCGAAGGCCGAGACGGACAAAUGUCCCGUCCUCUACUGGCUCUCUGGUCUGACGUGCACGGAGCAGAACGUCAUCACCAAAGCCGGCUGUCAACUCGCUGCUGCAGAGCACGGAAUCAUCAUCGUGGCUCCUGACACCAGCCCACGUGGCUGUAACAUCGAGGGAGAGGAUGAGAGCUGGGAUUUCGGCACCGGUGCUGGUUUCUAUGUUGACGCCACCCAGGAGCCGUGGAAAUCAAACUACCGUAUGUACUCGUACGUCACAGAGGAGCUCGUCAAGUUGAUCAACGCUAACUUCCCCACCGACCCAGACAGGAUGUCCAUCAGUGGUCACUCCAUGGGCGGACACGGGGCGCUCAUCUGUGCCCUGAAGAACCCUGGGAAAUACAAGGCUGUGUCUGCCUUCGCUCCCAUCUGUAACCCCGUGCAGUGUCCGUGGGGACAGAAAGCCUUCGCAGGAUACCUGGGCUCCGACAGGUCCACCUGGGAGGUGAGAAAUCUGUGGUCCUGCUCACGUUUAAGUUAUUACUCGUCAUCUUCAACCUUCACCUGAGCUGAGGUGACCUCACAGUGUCGUCAUCAGAGGAGUCGAAGGAGAUGAUGAAUCGUCUUCAUUCUUUGUUUCAUCGUUGUUUUCAUCAACUCUGCUGCUCUACUUGAAUAUCGCUCCGAUCGUCAGCCGGCGCCUGAAACUCUAAAAACCUAUUUGUUUGAGAACACUAACAAACUUUCUGCAUUUCGCCUUCACCUUGAGUAUUUCAGCAAUAUUCGAUUUAUUUCAUUUGUCACAUACAGAUAUGAAUCCAGCCCUUCUUCAUUUUACACUUUCUGA